GACCCUUUUAUUGCAAAACCCCUGGCACGCUUUCUUGUUUUUCAACCAAAAAUCAUUCUCUAGAAACUCCCAACUUUCCAGAACUCCAAACCCUCCUAAAACCAACCAUCUAUAUCAUGGUUUGAACAAAUUUCACAAAUCUUUCAAAAUGUCUUUGCCUUCCCAACAGACCCCUCUAUUUUUCAUCUCUCUGUUUUUUCUCACAAUCACCAUCUUCUUCCCUUCUCUUACAACAUCUGCAGAUUACACAAACUUGGUAUACAAAGGCUGUGCAAACGAGAAUUUCCAAGACCCAUCUGGGAUUUUCUCUGAAAACCUCAAAUCCCUCUUUGAUUCACUUGUUUCUCAAUCUUCACAGAAGACUUUCUCCAACACAACCUCAGGUAAUGGUGCAAAUGCCAUCACAGGUUGGUAUCAAUGCAGAGGUGAUCUCACAAACAGUCAGUGCUACGACUGUGUGAGCAAAAUUCCAAACAUGGUCAACAAACACUGUGGCAAAACCAUAGCAGCUAGAGUCCAGCUAUCAGGGUGUUACCUCAGGUAUGAGGUUGCUGGGUUCAAGCAAGUCUCUGAUACUGAACAGCUGUACAAGACAUGUGGAUCGAGCAAAGCAAGUGGGAGUGGGUUCGAGGAUAAAAGGGACUCGGCGUUUGACAUGUUGGAAGAUGGGGUAAAAAGUGGUAGCAGUUUAUUCUACACUGGGAGUUAUCAAUCGGUGUAUGUUUUGGGACAGUGUGAAGGUGAUUUGGGCACUGAUGAUUGUGGGGAUUGUGUGAAAAGUGCUGUAGAGAGAGUUAAAAGCGAGUGUGGUGGCUCAAUUUCUGGGCAAAUUUAUCUUCACAAGUGCUUUAUUAGCUAUAGCUAUUACCCAAAUGGAGUCCCAGAUGGAAGUAUAACUACAAAUUCAUCAUCAACAGGGACAAGGCAACAAGGUACGCAGAGAACUGUAGCUAUUGCUGUUGGAGGGAUUGCAGCGUUGGGGUUUUUAAUUGUGUGCUUGUUGUUUGUAAGGUCUGCGCUGAAGAAACGCAGUAGUACUAAGCAUGGAUUUUGAGUUUGGUUGUUUAUGAUGUAUCCCACCUAUAUUUUCUAAAUCUUCCUCUACGAUUGAUUGUAUUGACAAAAUUUGUAUAUAUAGUAUAGAGGCAACGUUGAAUGAUAUGCAAAUUAUUAAGAAUAUUAAAUAGUUUUGAAGCGUGCAAUGCUUUUUAAGAUGGAGCUAGGUUUGUUUUCUAGGUCCAAUUUUCAAUAUGAAAGGACAGAAAAGUAAAGGAAUUGUAAAGGGCAAAAGCUACCCCGCAGAAGAAAAAUAUAUUAGCUUUAAUUGGAACGUGUUAGAUGUAUAUCCACAUAUUUAGACCCUUUUAUAGUGAAUAUGAAUCAAGGUGCUCUACUUUCUUUCCUCUU